GACCGAGCUCCCUCCCAAAGAAGUGCUGCAGCGGCGCGUGGUCUGUCCCGUGGCGCAGCGAAGCUUUAGCAAGCAGCGGUUAUUAAGCUCCUGUCAAAAAAAGAAACACAUUGUUUCCUUUGUUUAGUUUUAUAUAACAGCGCACAAUGGCCACCGAUUCGGGCUACGGUGGCUCACAAGGCUAUGGAUCUUAUGGAGGAGGAGGAGGAGGACAGCAGGGUGGACAGGGUUAUGGACAAGGAAAUACUGGUGGUGGCUCUUAUGGGGGACAGAAUUAUAGUGGUUAUGGCCAACAAAGUGGAGCGCAAGAUGCUUAUAGCCAAUCUCAGCAACAAAGCUAUGGCAGUUAUGGACAAGAAACAUCUGGGUAUGGCGACAAACCUUCCUAUGGUCAACAAGGAUCUGGUUCUGCUUAUGGGGGCCAGAACCCAGGAGGAGACACCUAUGGGCAGCAAGGCUCCUAUUCUGGACAGAGUGGAGGUGGCUAUGCUGGUGGCCAGGCCCAAACAGGUGGCUCUUAUGCACAGCAAGGGUCCUACGGUGGCGGACAGAGCAGCGGUGGAUAUGGAGCUGGACAGGGGCAAAGUGGCAGCAGUGGAGGUGGAGGUGGAGGCAGUGGCAGCAGUGGCUAUGGAAGAUGGAGUGAAGGUGAAGGUGGUGGUCAGGGUGGACGGUUUGGGCGUGACAAUGGAGACCGUUCAGAAGGAGGGGGCUUCAGAGGCCGUGGCCGUGGGGGCAGCGGUGGCGGCGGCGGCUAUGAUCGUGGCGGUUAUGACCGCAGCAGUGGAUAUGACCGUGGUGGUUUUGACCGUGGUGGCAGAGGAGGACCUCCUGGUAUGGGAGGUGGUGACCGUGGUGGCUACAAAAAUUUUGGUGGCUCUCAAGAUUAUGGCUCAAGGGAUGACUCAGGUGGAGAGCAAGACAACUCUGACAACAACACCAUUUUUGUUCAGGGACUCGGAGAAGAUGCCACCGUUCAGGAAGUCGGAGACUACUUCAAGCAAAUUGGUAUCAUUAAGGUCAAUAAGAAGACUGGUCAGCUAAUGAUCAAUAUUUACUCUGACAAGGCCACCGGUCGGCCAAAAGGAGAAGCAACCGUGUCAUUUGAUGACCCUCCUUCAGCCAAGGCUGCUAUCGAUUGGUUUGAUGGAAAAGAAUUCAAUGGGAAGCCCAUCAAGGUCUCGUUUGCCACCCGCAGAGCUGAGUUCACACAGAGAGGAGGCUUCAGAGGUGGACGAGGAGGUUUCAGAGGCCGAGGUGGUGGUGGUGGCGGUGGUGGUGGCGGUGGUGGAGGUGGAGGACCCAACUUUGAUGUAAAGGGGGGAGACUGGCCUUGCCCCAACAGUUCUUGUGGCAACAUGAAUUUUGCACGGCGGCAGGAGUGCAACAAGUGUGGUGCGCCUAAACCAGGAGAUGCCGGAUUUGGAGGUGGAGACCGUGGAGGCAGGGGUGGAUUCGGCGGUGAUCGAGGUGGUGGCUUCAGAGGCCGUGGAGGUUUCCGGGGUGGAGAUCGUGGUGGCUAUGGAGGAGGCGGCAGCGGUGGUGGUGGUGGUGGUGGUGGUGGUGGAGGAUUUGGCGGUGGCUACAAAAUGGGCGGAAGGGGUGACCGUAGAGACGACAGAAGAGAUCGGCCGUACUAAACAUCAAGCCAAGACGAACCAUUCCAGCCCUUGAGUUUGUUGUGGGGGGGAGGGGUUAUCUUUAAACAACAAAAGGGGAAGAGGGACGUUUGAAACAACAUGACUUGUCUGUUUUUGUAGUUUGUUCAUCUUAAGUAUUACUGUUCUCUGUAAGUGUGGGAUUCUUUGAGCUAAUGUGAAGGGGCUGAUUGGCACUGUUGACAUGUCAGACUUUAGUUUUUCCUCCUCCUUUCUAUGUACAUUUUAUUUUUCUGAGACUAGACGCAGAUGGUUUGAGGUAGACAUUGAACCAUUGUUUUGUAUAAAUGGAAUAAAACAUUUUACUUACGUUC